CCCAGGUCACUUGUUAAUCUAACUUAAAGCAGCUCGGUGGAACGAAACCUGAUGUCAGACCCCAAAAAUCCAUAUAUUGGAUUACUGCUCUGCAGUUUCCUGGCAAUAUUACAGUGCAUAUCCGCUGAGGUGGGAAAACUGGUCUGUUUCUACGAUGCCAAAAGUUUUGUGCGUGAAGGCCCCGCCCAAAUGUCGCUGACUGAACUCGAGCCCGCCCUUCAGUUUUGCAACUUUUUGGUCUACGGCUAUGCGGGCAUCGAUGCUGAGACUUAUAAGAUUAGGAGUUUGGAUCCUUCGUUGACAAAUGACCACCAGCAUUAUCGACACGUCACCGCUCUGCGUCGGAAGUAUCCCCAUGUCAGGUUCCUGCUCUCGGUGGGCGGAGAUGGCGAUUUGGACAGCGAGGGCGUGGCGGAUACGGGCAAGUACCUCAGAUUACUGGAACAGCCGGAGCGCAGGAGAAGCUUCCAGGCGAGCGUGAUAGCGGAGCUCAACAGCAACGGCUUCGAUGGACUCGAUCUCGCCUGGCAGUUCCCCAAGAACAAACCCAAGCCUCAGCAGGGUGUGCUUAAGAGGGUUUGGGGCUCUGUUCGUGGCUGGUUCAGUUCCCAAUCGGUGGAUGAGAAGUCCCAGGAGCAUCGGGAGCAGUUCACCGCCCUCCUGGGAGAGCUGCAGUCGGAUUUGCGACGCAGUGGACAACUCCUGACCGUCACCAUGCUGCCCCAUGUGUCGGCAGAACUCUUCAUUGAUGUUCCCGCGGUUCUUGGCCACGUGGACUUCGUCAACCUGGGCACCUAUGACUUCCAGACCCCGGAACGAGAUCCCAAGGUGGCAGAUCUGCCCGCUCCGCUGUAUUCCAUGUACGAUCGGGAUCCCAGCCACAAUGUGCAGUACCAGGUGCAGUAUUGGCUGAACCAAACGUCCGAAAUCAGUGCCCACAAGCUGCACGUGGGAGUUACCAGCUAUGGCCGAGCUUGGAAUAUGACCCGAAAAUCUGGAAUCACGGGCUAUCCACCGAUUCCGGCGGCAAACGGUGCUGCUCCUGCGGGUAGGCAAACGGUUACUCCCGGGCUACUGAGUUGGCCGGAGACGUGCGACCUGCUCCAACAGCAGCCGCCGGAUCGGGAGGUGCCCCAUCUGCGCAAGGUGGGUGAUCCCACCAAGCGCUUCGGGAUCUACGCCUAUCGGGCGGCCGAUGACCAGGGGGAGAACGGCCUGUGGGUGGGCUACGAGGAUCCCACAACGGCGGCCAUCAAGGCUGGUUUUGUCCAAGCCCAAGGAUUGGGCGGAGUAGCCUUUCACGACCUGUCCCUGGAUGAUUUUCGGGGUCAGUGUGCCGGCGAAAAAUUCCCCAUUCUACGUAGCAUCAAAUAUAAGUUAUAGAAGUACUGAUAAAAUGUAAAAAGUACUCUGUUGACCGAAUGCCGACCCUAAUGCCCACAUAUAACAUCUAUUUAAAAUUUUAAUUAAAAAAAAAAAAUCAAUUAAUGGAUUUUUCGAACCCUCCCCUUACUAGAAAGAUAAGGAAAUGAUAAUGUGGGAGGAAAAACAAAACAAAUCGUUGAAAUAAUGUUGUCUUUAUAAUUUAUACCGAUGAAUUUCAAAGUCAGAGCAGUUUUUAAGUAAAGGAUUGCUAACUUAAAUUUGUAUUUACUUUAUUAAAACCAAAUGUAAUUAUCAACUUUUCAAAUUCGGGUAUUUUUUUAAAGAAACCCAUUUAAUUUUUCUUAAUUUUAACAAAAAUAAAUUUUUUAAUUUGA